AAUAUUGAUUGAUUUGAGAGGUUGGGCAGCUGAGGAAAGUAGAGCUGCUAAGCUAACUACUCCUGCCUCCUAUGGCGUCCACACCGGAGGUUGCGCUCAACAGCACCGGCGGAAAAGACCGGCAGAUGGAAUCCGGCUACGGCGCUUCUCCGGUGAAGUUGAAGAGCUUCUCCGGCCUGGAUUUUGCACUGCGAUUAUUAUUGUUCGCGUUCUCUUUGACUGCUUUGGUGGUUUUGUUAACGAGCAAGCAGACUGUGACGAUUCCCGUCCUCACCAUCACUAUCACUCGAUCCGCCAAGUUUACCAAUUCUCCUGCGUUUAUAUAUCUUCUGGUUGCACUAUCGAUCACAACCUUGUACAGCUUCAUCAGCUUGAUCAUCUCUGCAGCUUCCUACCGCUCAAAAUCAUCUCCUUCUUCAAGCUCUCUAUUUAAACUGAUGGUCAUAGACCUGUUGUUGGCAGGAAUUAUGGCAUCAGCUACAGGAUGUGCAGGCUCUACUGCAUAUAUUGGACUGAAAGGAAACUCACAUGUUCUGUGGAAUAAGAUCUGUAAUAAUUUUGAAACUUUCUGUCGCCAUAUUGGGAGCUCUACAUUACUUUCUCUCAUAGCGUCAGCUGUUCUUCUUCUCCUCGUUGUUCUCUCCUCAUUUACUAUUUAUCGUCGCAGUCGCUGAAUCCUAAUUAAUUACUUGUUUCAGUUCAGAACUAUGAGUGGUUUUAUGUUUAAUGUGGUUGUUCAAAUAAUUGAAGAGUUUUAAUGUUCUUUGUUUGA